AUGGCCGAAGAAUCAUCGCAAGCGAUCGCCGACCUCCCGACCGGCGAGCCCAUCCCGUCCUCGUCCCCGCCGCCGUCUUCGAAGAAGCCCUCCCCGCUCCCGCUUCGCGCUCUCCUCGCCGCCGCGCCGUCCAACAUCGAUGCGUUCCUCGCGCACCUGCACAGAUGCCUCCAGACGCCCAGCGGGAUCGACACCGUCCUGCUCUUCCUGUGCUACACCUCGCGGUUCAACAGCGCCGCGCUCACAUCGCUGUCGCAGUCGCUCCUGCGGCGGUCGGCGCGCGAGCUCAUCGCCCUGGCGUUCACGCUGCCGCCGCGCACGACGGUGCUCUUCUCCGUGCCGGGCAAGAGCCCCGGCAAGAGCGCCGCCGCCGAGCUCGCCCUGCUGCUCGCCGGCCGCCUCAAGUCGCUCGCCAGCCUGAUCAGCGAGCUGCGCAUGAUGAUGCGCCUGUGGGGCCUGCUGGGCAUGUACUUCUGGGGCAAGGGCCUGGCGAACAAGCUGCUCGCCGCACGGCAGGCGAAGGUGACUACUGACGGGGGAGAAAAGACCGGCGACGAUGCCGCCGCGGCGCCCAAGGAGAGCCCCCUCGUCACUGCCGUGGCUUGGACGCAGUGGCUCUCGUGCGUCGUCUUCCAGGCGCUCGAGAACGGCGCGUAUCUCUCGUCCAAGGGCGUGCUGGGGUGGUCGCCGCAGGCACAGGCGCGCGCAUACAGCAUCGGAACCAAGGCUUGGGGCGUGUAUGUCGCCGUGGAGCUGGGCCGGCUGGCCGCGGAGAUCGUGGCCAAGCGGAGGGCGGCGCGCGAGCCGUCUGUCUCGGCGGCGGACGCGGAGUCCGCGAAGACGGAGCUGGUCGGGCUGCGCACCGAGUUCGUGCGCAAUGCGGCCUGGGCGCCGCUGAUUCUACACUGGAGCAGCGAGAAGGGGCUUGUGAGCGAUAUGACUGUUGGGUUGCUGGGGAGCAUCCCAGGUGUGAUGCAGAUGAGGAGAUUGUGGCGGGAGACGGCAUGA